UCUCCCUCGUCUUCUCUUCCUCUCUUCUUCUCUCUCCUCCAAUCGCCAUUUUCUUCCUCUCCUUCAGAUUUAAUCCAUCACGCCUCAAAUACACCCUGUCAGACGCGGACUGUCUAGCGGGACGAUCGCUGGCCAACCCCGGAUUCCGUACCGUCUGAGAAACUCUCUCCUACCCCCACUUCAUCUUCCUCUUCGUCAACCGGUAUCAGCCUUCAAAACCAGGAUCUCUUCAUGGCGUCCAACCGUCCUACCUGGAGAAAAAGCCUCUUUUUGUCGCUCUGUGUAUAUAUACAGACAAUGCCUUCUUCUUGUGGUUCCUCUGCAUGUACAGGGCUCCCGAGCUGAUCCUCAAGCCAUCUCCCGCCUUCAAGUCAUUCAAGAUGGGCCGCUUUUUCACUGUUUCUCUUGCCAUCUUUGCGGCGACAGGGUCGUUUCUCUUUGGGUACGACUCGGGCGUCAUGACCGAUGUGAUUGAAUCCAAGAAUUUCCUGGUUUUCUUCAAUACUACUCAAACAUCCAGUCUUAUCGGAGCUAUCAAUAGCACUUUCUCUGGAGGAGCGGCAAUUGGUUCUCUUCAAGGAGGUCUGACAAUGGAUCGUUUCGGGCGCAAGUUCACUAUCCAGAUGGGCGCUCUCAUCUGCCUCGUUGGUGCAAUCCUCCAGUCGGCUGCUCAAAACCUAGCAAUGAUACUUGUCGGUCGUAUUCUGGCCGGCUGGGCAGUUGGUCUCAUGUCCAUGUCCGUCCCUGUGUAUCAAGCCGAGGUUGCCCAUCCUCGUUCUCGUGGGUUGAUUAUCGGAUUGGCUCAGCAGAUGAUUGGUGUGGGGUUUAUCGUGAGCACAUGGGUAGGAUACGGGUCUCUCCAUGCGCCAGAUACGAGCCAAUUCCAGUGGCGGUUUCCGCUAGCCUUCCAGGUAGUUCCAGCAUUAAUCCUCGCCGUGGGCAUGUUUUUCAUGCCCGAAUCUCCUCGAUAUCUCAUCGAAAAAGAACGCUAUGAUGUAGCUAUGAAAGUAUUGAGGAAGCUCCAUUUCGAUGGCACCAAUGAAGACUGGAUCCAGACCGAGUACAACGAGAUAAAAACGACCAUCGAAGCCGAAAAGGCUGCCACUGCUCCUGGAUGGGCCGUCAUGUUCAAAGUUCCCCAAUUUCGGACGAGAUUGCUUCAUGGUGUUGCUGUACAGGUCUUUACCCAAAUGACCGGCGUCAACGUAAUUGGAUACUACCAGACCAUCAUGUACAACGCACUCGGGAUUACUGGUAGCCGCAAUACCCUCGUGGCUGGUAUUUAUAAUUGCAUUGGCCCGAUCACGAACUUCGUUUUCAUCGUCUUUCUGCUGGACAGAGUAGGGCGACGCAAACCCAUGAUAUUCGGCACUAUUGCCAUUUCCAUCGCGCUAAUCUGUGAGGCGGCGCUAUUCUCACAGAACUUGGAUGGUCAGAGAAAGGGAUAUAGCGUCGGUGGAGUUUUCUUCAUCUUCUGCAUCACAGUCAUCUUCUCAUUGUCUUUCGGCCCAUGCAGCUGGGUGUACAUGGCGGAAGUCAUGCCAAUGCAGAUUCGAGGAAAGGGAAACGCCUUCGCAACCGGGGUCGGGAACUGGGCCGUCAGCACGCUCUGGAACCAAGUAUCGCCCAUCGCUCUCGGUCAGAUAAAAUGGAAAUACUAUUUCAUCUUCAUUGCUUGGAACCUAUGCGUUUCUCUCCCAGUCAUCUACUUCUUCUUCCAAGAAACCAACCAAAAAUCCCUCGAGGAAAUUGACCUGCUCUUUGGAGGACGAGCCUUAGGUACAGUCGCAGAAGAGACAGAAGGGAUGGAGAUGAAGACCAGCCUUGAUAAAGAGGAGGAAACAGGGAUUUCGGUUGCAAAUGUGGAACAUAGCAAAGUUUGAUCUAAGAUCUAAGCCCAAGUGAUAUGCAAUGAUAUAUGAAUGAAUGAUUUAGUGGUUUAUUCCUUUGACUUUGACGUGUCAGAACACCGUGGUCGAGACCCGAGAGGACUAUUCAUAGCAAGGUUAUCCAACUUCAGCCUAGCAUGCUCCAUUAAAGUGGGAUACGAGUAUUUCUC